UCAAAAUGUACCCUUAAUCUUAUAAUAAUCAUGAUGAUUUGAUGAGAUAGUAAUUCAUUAGCGAAAAUAAUGAAUUAAUAGAAUAGUUUAAAGCUUAGUUGAUAGAUCCAAAAACUGGAAAAAAAAGAAAUGAAGUUAAAGUUUAAAAUUUUGCUGAUGGCGGAAGAUAUGAGGGAGAGAUUGAUGGUGAAUUGAGAAAGGGAUAUGGAAUUUACUUUUUUGCUAGUGGGUAUCAACAAAAUUUAUAUCUAUAGGGAUGUUUAUUUUGGACAAUGGAAUGAUUCAUUUUAAGGACAAGGCACAUACAUUUAUCGAAGUGGAGAGAGAUAUUAGGGAUAGUUUAAUAAAGGAAAGAAGGAUGGCCAAGGAAUAUAUUGGUAUAUAAAUGGGGCAGAGUAUGAUGGUAGAUGGGUUAAUGAUUAGAAGGAUGGAUUUGGUAAAUUCAGAUAUCCAAAUGGAGAUAUUUAUGAGGGUAAUUGGGUAAGAGGAGUUAAAUCAGGAUAAGGAACAUUAGUUUUGGCAAAUGGAGAUCAUUAUUAAGGGGAAUGGAACAAUAAUAUGAAAAAUGGAUAAGGAACUUAUAUAUUUGCAUCUGGAUCAAGAUAUGAAGGAUCUUGGCUUAAUGACCAAUUUCAUUAAUAAGGUGUUUUUAGUUAUUCAAAUGGAGAUAAAUAUGAAGGUAUAUAUGAGAAUGGAUAGAAAACAAGUAAAGGUGUAUAUAAACAUGCAAUUGAUGGAUCAGAAUAUUAAGGAGAAUGGUUUAGAGAUUAGAGAAGUGGAAAUGGAAGAAUGAAAUAUGCAAAUGGAGAUAUCUAUUAAGGAUUUUGGUAAGAAGGAGAAAGAUAUGGAAAAGGAUCUUAUAAAUAUAAUAAUGGGGAUUAAUAUGAAGGUGAAUUUGUGAAUGAUUAGAAACAUGGAUAUGGUGUAUUGAAAAUGGUUUCAGGUGAUAUUUAUGAAGGAGAGUGGAAAUAAGGUAGAAAGAAUGGAAAGGGAUUAUAUAGAUUUGCAAAUCAUGAUAUUUAUGAUGGUCAUUUUGCUGAUGGUUUAAGAUAAGGUUAUGGAAGAUAUUAAUGGAAUGACAAUUCCUAUUAUGAAGGUAAUUGUAACCAUUAAAAUAUUAGGUAAUUGGGAUAAGGAUAGAAUGAAUGGAAAAGGACUAUAUGUGUCUCCUGAUGGAGUGCAAGCAGAUGGAAUAUUUGAUAAUGAUAAUUAUGUAGGACCAGCUGACUGAUAAU